AAUGGUGACAUGAAUGUCCUACGUCGUCCGCUAUCCAGCAUUUCAACAUUAACGUGCUGUAAACCUUCGAAUCAACGUCCAAGAAUCUAUCGUUGGUUAAGUGUGAGUGAAGCAGCUACAGCAUUGCGUCCUUUUUACUUUACCGUCCAUCCUGAUCUCUUUGGACAGCACCCCAGAGAAAGGUCUAUAAAUGAAGAUUCCCUAAAGAAACUUCACCAAUAUAUAUUUGCCCUCAGAAAACAGGAGAGAGUCUCACCAACCAACCUAACAUUUUUUGCCAAGAGAGACACGGAUAAUUUUAGUUUAAACCAUGUAAAAGUUCACUUAGCAUCACCCAGUAUUCGGGAUACUGUAGCAACAGUUCUCACUUCUUGUCAGUUGCCAUUGGAUUACAUCAACACAUUAUCAGAUGUACCCACAACUACCAAGAGAAGGGUUUACCAUGGACCUGACUUCGGAGACAUUUUUGCUGGACGGAAAGGUGGUGAGGCAUUUUACAGAAAAGUCAGAAAACUGAAUUUGAUAUCAUGGUUAAAAACUAAUUCUAAAAUCUCAAGAAAAAACACAAAGGAGUCUCAAGAAUAUGAAAAGGAUGUUCAGGACAUCACAAAGAGGUUGAACAAGUUGGUUGGGGUAAGGGCAGUUAAAUGGCACACUAAUUGGGGACCGCGUCGGUACACUGCCUGUUUAACCUCACUGGAAAAGGUCUCCGAGAACCACCCAGAAAUGGUCAAAAAAUAUUUAGCUGGGAGAGAUGUUGUAAUCAGUGACAGAAAUGGUGUCAGUUUGUCAGGGGAGGUGUGCCUUAACCACACAGAUGUCCCACAAGUCUGGCUAAUGAGGCUGACUGCAGUCCCAGCAUAUGAUGCAGUUUUAGAACGUCUUCCAUACAUGGAACUUGAACUGUCUCGAUUAUUAUGUCACAUUAAGAUCCGUCGACGGGAACGUCACCACAUUGUUAUGGCAGAAGAGUAUGAACUUUUGUUGAACAAGAUUUUAAAUACCUUGAGACGGAAUCAGGAUCUUGUUAGGCGAGGGUUCAAAGGCCGUGACCUUUCUUACUUAGAAAUGGUAGUGGAAGGGUCAUCAGCACCUCUGACCUUGACAAAUUUGGGGCAAUAUUUAAUUCCAGUGUCUAUGCCAGGCUCAAUGAUUAUUGAGUUUAUUAAGAACACUCAGCACCAAGCAGAAGAACUUCUUAGGGAUUCAAUCUCUUUGAGGAUGAUUGAGGAUGAGGUGAUAGAACAAUGUCGAGAUAAACUAGGUCUCUGUGACCUGGAAAAAGACCUGAAUAUUUCCCCCGCUCAGAUGACUCAGUGCUGCGAGAGACUGAUGGACCGUUCCAGUGACAUUGCAACAAACGUGGAGGGUAUUAGUAUAAGAGUGACGCAGUAUUACUCCGUUACAGAUGAUGGAUUAGUGUGUAUUCCUUGGAACUGGUCAGACGAGGAUUCCUAGUGAUUUUGAAAUUUGAAAUAUAAUGUAGUGCAGUAUAUUGUGAAAAAAAAAGCAUUUAUUAAAUUCAUAAUGAUAUAUUUUAAAA